CUGAAACAAAAGAAAAUCGCCGGCACCUGUCCCGGUAUAAAAGGAGAAGGAAUUCUGGUUCAAGCAGCAGUCAGCGGUCGACUUCGACGCCUUCAACUUGAAAUCCUUCUGCUGGACGGGUCUGCCUGAGUCUACAUCACCGACAUCAUGAAGGCUGUAGUGUUACUGAUGCUCAUUGGUCUCGCCAGCUGCCGCGCUGAUUUCAUAAGAAAUUCUGACAGGGAUGUGGAGGUCAAAUACAAGUUUGACGACGACUACGACAGGGAAGUCGAAGUCGAUUUCGACGACAGACCCGCAGCGAUUUUGAGGCCCCUCGUAGUUCCAGUCGUCCAGCGCCGCCCAGAGACCGUCCACCGAUUCGUCCAGGUCAGUGCUGCUCCAGCCCCACAGUUCAGAACAAGAGUCGUCCCAGUGGCUGCUCCACCCGCAGCUGCCCAGGUGCUUACUGAAGCAGCACCCGUCCAGAUCGUGGCUUCUCAGCCCCAAGUCUUCACCCAGCCUCAGCAGAUUGUUCCCGUGGCCCCACAGGCAACCGUCCAGGUCUUGGCUUCUCAGCCCCAAGUCUUCACUCAGCCUCAGCAGAUUGUUCCCGUAGUCCCUCAGGCUCCAGUCUUCGUCCAGGACCGAGUCGUCCCAGUGGUUUCCGCUCCAAGGAACGAUGUUGUCACCCAGUACGUUAGAGCCGAGCAUGUUCCAGUGGUUCCAGCUCCUAGCGUGCCCAUCGUGACUCCCCCUAGGGCUACUUUUGUCGCAGAAAGGAGGGAUAUCUUUAGGCCCAGGGACGACAGCAGCGAGAAAUAGGAUACACAAGGAAGUUUUAAUGUAUUGACCUAUCAAGACGACGACGUCUCCUAACUCCCAUAUAUACUUAAAAUAUUCAAUUACUUUCAGAGUUACUUAUCUGUGAAUCUUAUUUGGAAACUUGUAUUUUAGAAGAGCAUAAAAUAUAUAUAUAUUCUUCCAAGA